CCGUUUCUCGAUCGAACUGUCUGUUAACGACCUCAGAAGUUGUGUGUUUACAUAUGACAUACACAUUUAUUGUAAUAUCGUCAAGUGUUAUUAGUCUUUAGAAGUUUCUCGAAAUAAUAAGAAAUCAUAAGUGCGCAUAUAUAUUUCAUGUUACAAUGAUAGUGGAUAAAACAUUAAUUUAUUGCAGCUAAUUAUUGUAACGAAACAUACACUUGCUUAGAAUUUGUAGUACAUCUCAUUAUACAGAAUAUCUAAGUUAAAAAGUAAUAUCAUGUUUCUUAAACUAUUGUUAAGUAGCAGUUUAACAAUCAUCGUCGCGGAGGCUUUUUUAACCGACGAUCAGAUAAUUACAAUAUCUGAAGAAGAAUUGAACAGGACCUCGACUUAUAUAUUACCGCAACAUUAUGAUAUCAUCGUUACAUAUAUCGAAAAAAAUAUUCUUGUUAUCGACUACAGUAUACGUACACAGAUUAAAUAUUCAACACCAAGCAUUAUGUUAUAUUUACACCUAAAAAAUAUUAAUCUAACUGUGGUUUAUUAUCCAAAUUAUUAUUCUAUGAAUGAUAUUAAAACUACGAACAUUUAUACACCGGUAAGAACUAUGUAUGAUGUUGAGAAAAACAUUGUCGAAUAUACAUUCGCUGAAGAUCUAUUACCCGGGUAUUACAUCAUAAAAUUAGUUUAUAAUAUAACUGAAGAUACAGGUUUAAAAAACUUUUAUAAAAGAGAUGGGCGACAGUGGUUGGCAACGUAUGUUGAUCGUAUUGGAAUCCAACAUAUGAUUCCGACUUUGCCCGAAUUUUCAAGAACCAUCAUGCCCUAUUAUGAUAUUAUUGUCGAACAUUAUCAAAACUAUACAGUUUUAUCAAAUGAACCAAAAAUGAUAGAAAAAAUAAAAACGAAUGAUAAAAACAUGACGAAGACACAUUUUAAUACGCUUGUAAAGCCUAUGUAUCUACUAUUUUUGACUAAUCGAAAUUUUUCUCUUAUGCCUGGUACAAAUGAAAGUGUCAGAGUUAAUAUGUGGUGUAGAAUGCACUGCGAAUUUGCACACCAAUUUGCUGAAAAUAUAACAUUGUACGUGUUCGAUAAAUGGAAACGUUUGAAUCAAAUUUGGGAAAUAAAUCAUAUUGCACUUCCGGAUUUUCAAAACGAAAGCAUCACAAAUCUGGGCCUUAUUUUUUACAAAGAAGCAGAUAUUAUCUACAAUGACAAUGUAGAUUCUGUUGCGACUAAAAUCAAAGUUUCCCGAUUCAUGGCCUAUAAAAUAAUAGAGGAAUGUUUUUAUUAUGAAAAUCCACUUUGGCCAUCAUAUAUGUUCGAUGAAGCUCUUGUCUCAUUUCUUGGAUUAUAUGUCACCACGCAGACUCUCCCAAGUACCCGGAUGAUGGACCUUUUUGUGGUACAAAUUCAACAGGACUCUCUUCAUUUAGAUACUGUAUAUUAUACAUCACUUUAUAAUACAUCAUUCGACAUUUAUUUUCAACAUUACAGUUACAUUAAAGUAUCCAGUAUAUUGCGUUUACUACGAAUGAGUUUUACUGAAGAGAUAUUUUGGCAGAUUAUCCGUACAUAUGUAAAGGACAACAAGCCACAUUUUCACUACUUAAGUGAAGUUAUAAAGAAUUCGUCCAUUCAAGUGCAUACAGACUAUUUAUUUGGCUUAUAUAUAACGGAGCUACUGAUGUCUCCAUCAAAAAUAAAUUAUUGUCCUGUAGUGAAAAUGGAACGAGAUUACAAUUUUAAACGGUUCAAUGUAACAAUGACAUAUACAGAGAAGCCGUAUGAUUUCGUACCUGUGACGUCUGAUUCGUGGGAUGGGGACUUUAUAAUAUAUAAUCGACACCAAAUUGGAUAUUAUCGAGUCAAUUACGAUAUCGAAAACUGGAGAAGAAUUAUAAGUUAUCUAAAUUCUGAAAAUUAUAUGAAUAUAUAUGUUCUGAAUCGUGCCCAAAUUAUCGACGACGCUUUCCACUUAAUGAUAACAAAUCAACUUAAUUCCAUUGUAUUCUGGAAUAUCACGAAAUAUCUGUCACGAGAAACAGACUACGUGGCAUGGUAUCCUAUGUUCAAAGCUUUAGAAUAUCUGUCCAAUAUCUUUCUAUUUCAGGAAAACAUAUAUGUUAAUAUCAAGGAUAACAUGCUAUACUUAUUAAACAACUUGCUUAAUAAACUUAAAUACGAUGAAGUUUCUAGUGAAUACGAUUUUACAAAGUCUUUAAGAAUGGAGGCUGCGAGAUGGGCAUGUAAUCUUGAUAGUGAAACAUGCAUAAAAAAUGCCCAACUUAAUUUAAAUCGACAUCUCAAAGAUCCCGGAAAUAACACGCUUUUGCUAUGGUGGAAAGAAUGGACAUAUUGUCAAGGUUUAAAAAUAUUACAAGUCAGCGCGCAUGCAACAUUUAUUGUUAUUAUUAAUCAUGUGUAUUCUAUAAAUCAAUUAAAAAAGAUAAACAAAUUAGCAGAAAGCAACAAAC